AUGAGUGGUUGUGCUCUCCUACUAACUUCUUGGGCAUUCACACGCAUCCCAUUGUUCUCUCCUAUCAACACUGUGGAACCAUCGUUUCCAUAUGCACAAAGGUGGACACAAAGGGGAAUGAAUUACCGUGCAACUCCUCGUUUCCAUCUCCAAGGAUAUCGAAACGCGUUGGACCAUAUGCAAGAAAAAGAUUUUAUAUGGAGGUCGUACAUUCAGUACCUAGUGCCGCGUCUAGAAGAAAGCCAAAUCUGGAGUGCAACAACUUACCUUGUUUGUUUCUACAUCGUUGAGAUGCAUCAAUCAGAUAGGGUAACACUCCAGUUUGGAUUUGACCAACAGAUCCCUCCAUUUCCUAGGUGCUUGAAGGAACACCACGCAAUUACCAUGCGAAAAGCGCAAAAAGUUUAUUGGCAACAGUUAAACAAGGACGAGGUGCGAGAAUGGAGACACAGAAGAGAUGUGAUUUUGCAAGGGGGCGCUGUAUUUGGUGAACGCAAACCAAGUCAAGAGUAUUUAACUUGGUUCCACGCAAUUCCUUAUGUGCAUGUUGCUCCAGAUCAAUUUUUGACCGACCCACAGACGCAAGCAUCAUCAUCGACACAACAAACUACCACAUCAAUGCAUCAGCAUGUCCCACCAACCCAAACCUCUCAAUUUGGGGGGUACUCAUCCUCGUCAGCUCAAUAUAACUAUAACUACAACUACCCCCAGUACACCCCACAAUAUCAACCCCAACCCUGUUAG